AUGAAGAGAGUACUCGACAAGGCCCGUUCGUCGGUCACAAAUGCCGCAAAGAAGUUCACCAAUGUCAGUGUGGCCCGCAGCAAAACUGCAUACCCCAAGGCACCAAAAGAUUUAGAGAAUCUUGGUCUGCGCUGGGAUUAUGAUGGGACGGUCUACAAUAAGUUUCAGGUCCAGCCAAAUGCUGGGAAGGUUCCUUCAACCAUUCGCGAGUGGCGAGAGAAGAACGGCGGAACACAUGUCGUUAUGGGAGUAAUGUAUGUGAAGAAGGGUGGCUCAUCAGAGGACGUUGCUACAGGCUUCGACAAUUUCACAAAGGAACUUGAAGGGCAGGGUGCAUCCUUUGAAGGGGGUGUUGGAGGCUCUGGGGCUGAAACUGGUAAUGGAGGUUCAAGCUCAUCGGAAUGGACUUGGUGUAUUUUAUUAAUCGUGCAAAGCCAUAUCGGAAAGACGCGCAAGAUGAACGAUACCACCAACCCAUUCUUCAAUUACACGUUUAAUAGAUGGCUUUAUAAUGAGCAACUACGACUUGUAGAGAGACAACUUUACUUCGACAUAAAUAAGCUAUGUCGCAUUAUAGCGAAAGCGGUCGGGCAACCUCAAAAUGAUCUUGUGCUUGUUACAAAGCUCGCAGAGGGGGGAUCAUACCGUAUCUUCGAAGCAACCUUCCGCGACGGGCUCAAGGCCGUCGCACGCCUCCCAUAUCCUUGUACCAUUCCUCGCAAAUACGGCGUCGCGAGCGAGGUUGCUACGAUGGAGUUUUUACGGACUCAUGGUAUUCCGAUUCCAAAGAUCCUCGAUUGGAGCUCGUCAACUUCCAACCCACUUGCCUCUGAAUACAUCAUUAUGGAACGAGUUCCAGGGAAGGAGUUGGCAGAUACAUGGCUUACUAUGACGUUGAAGGAGAGGAUGGCUAUUAUAGAGAAGAUUGUGCAUUUGGAGAAGCUUCUAUUUGACAUAAAAUUCCCCGCUAGCGGCAGCAUUUUUUUCAAAGAUUCCUUGGAUGCUGGGGUGAAAACUGUGGAUAUGCCUAAGUCCGAAGAAAACAGCCUCAAGGAUGCCAGCAGAUUCUGCAUUGGACCCUCAACCGAAUAUUUAUGGUGGUAUCAAAGGCGAAAUGAGCUAGCUGCUAAUGGGGGACCUUGGCAGAAUAGUGAAGAGGUGUUGAAAGCAGUCGGCGAAAGAGAGAUCUUGUGGCUCCAGAGAUUUGGCGAAAAGCGAUAUCCGCGUGAACCGUUCUACAGGGAAUUCUAUGGGCGUGAGAAGGUGGAUCCACAAGUCCAGGUUCAAUUUCUGCAAGAUUAUUUGAAGAUCGCUCCUCACCUCGUUCCUAAAGCGGAACAGCUCAACACACCUAUUAUUCGUCACCCUGACCUCUCGCCUAGUAACAUACUCAUCUCUGACAAUGGCGAUAUCGCUGGCGUUAUCGACUGGCAACAUGCUGCUAUUCUCCCGCUGUUCUUACAAGCCAAGGUCCCGAAACAUUUCCAGAACUACGGUGAUGAUGAUUCGGAGAACUUUCGACGCCCAAAACUUGCAGAUGAUUUCAUCACUAUGACGAGCAGUGACAGUGAAGUAGAGAUGGAGCUGUACCGGCGACGGCAAGUCCACUACUUUUACCUCAGUUACACGAAUCAAAUCAACAAGGCUCACUUUCAAGCAAUAGGAAAGUAUGGCCUUGUUUUGAGGAACCAGCUUUUCGAUACGGCAGGUCGACCAUGGGAAGGUGAUAUAACAUCGCUCCAAGCCCAAUUGAUCAAAACGUUGAUGAACUGGUCCGAGAUCACCUCUUCAGAUGACAAUCCUCCAGUUCUCUACCCCCCAGUGGAAAUCAAGGAAUGCCUCGACAGGGACGCUAAGCAGAAGAGCAUUGAUGAGCAGAUGCAAAGCUUACGAGAAUGCAUUGGAGUUAACAUUGAUGGUUUGGUUGUCAAUGAGGAAUUUGAGAACGCGAGAGAGAAGGCUAAACUUAUCAAACAGGAGCUAGUCGAAGGUGCUGACACAGAAGAGGAGAAAAUGGAGUUUGAUGAACAUUGA